ACAGUGCUGGGUUGGUGGAGGGUCAGGCUGACAGUGUAAAUGAAACGACAAAUCCAGAAUGGUCACCCCUGUUCUACCAAACAAAGAAAACCCACAGAAGUUCCUGAAGCUCGAUGUGAAGAUACUGCCGGGCACUGACAGGAUGGUUCAGAGUGUCUUGGAGCAGAAAGCAAAGAUAAAAAGCAGUUUACCUACCUCUCAAGAAGACCCUCUGAUGUUUGUGGAGAGAUACCUUGAGAAGCAUGUCACCCCUGGUCGUCUGCAGUCCAACAUUAAAACAAACCCUCUGUAUAGUAUGACGGAUACAGUGAACGUGGUUAAGGUCUUGCCUUCUUGGACUAUCAAGGAUUAUACCAUGCAUACAGGCCAUGGCAAAGUAAAAUACUUUUUACAGAAUAAAGAAAAGAAACCGAGGGAGCUGGACUUUUGGCUAGAAGAUCUGUACACACCAGGAUUUGAUGCUUUAUUGAAGAAAAAAGAAGCAGAACAGCGAAGGAAAAGACUUCACAGACUACUUUCUGUCAUAGGUUUGUUUGUCAGUGUAGUUAUUGUUGUUAUUAUCGUUGCAGUUGUAGUGCUAGAAAAGAAAGUGUGACUUCUUUUUUAAAAAAAACAUUGGAUAUUUUUAUGACACGAAAUGGUUUAUCAAUGAGUUUGAUACUUAAAAACAUUUGCACAGUUGGAAAAUAUAUGUUUU